GGCCGGGCGGCGGGCGCCGGGAGCGCGGCCGGGAGUUUUGACGUGGCAGUUGCCAGCCGGGCUGAAGUCCGCGCGCCGCGAGCCUGCGAGGAACCCGCCCGGGAAGGCGCGGCACGGGAGCGGGAGCCGGGGCGGCGGGCGCGGGCAGCAGGCGCGGAGCCGGCGGCGCAGGGUUCGCUUGUAGAGCUGUCGCCUGGAAUGCUAUUUUCACCAUGAGUCAACAGGGCUACGUGGCGACCCCCCCCUACUCCCAGUCGCAGUCUGGGAUGGGCCUUUCUCCGCCGCUGUACGGCCACUACGGGGACCCCUCUCACGCAGGGGCUCCGCCAGGUGCCAUGAAGCCAGCAGGGCCCAUGGGGGCCGCGCCUCCGGGCCCCCCACCCCCUGGACCACAUCAGUUUGGCCAGAAUGGAGCUCAUGCCCAGGGUCGUCCUCCCCAGAGAUUCCCAGGCCCUCCACCUGCCAGCAGUGCACCACCCUCCUAUGCCCCUUAUCCACCCGCGACACAGUCAUCGUAUCCGAGUCCGCCGCCCCCGGCAUCCGUGUCCCAGCUGGGCCGCCAGCUCGACACCAUGCACAUCAGCUACGGUUCCGGCAUGGCUCCCCCCGGCCAGGGGCCCCCGGGCUCCCUGUCCGCACCCUCGGGCCAGGGCCCUCCGCCACCUCUGCAGCCAUCCAUUCUGCAGCCUGGGUCUCAGGUUCUCCCCCCACCGCCCACCACACUGAACGGCCUGGGUGCACCGCCCAUGCCUCCGCCCGGCCCAGCGCCUCCGAAUGCCCAGCUGCAGCCCCCGCCUCUUCCAGGACAGACCCUGGGCAGUGGAUACCCGCCGCAGCAGGGCAACUAUGGCCCCCAGAUGCCGGGCGCACAGCUGGCGUACCCCGGAGGCUUCCCCGGAGGGCCUGCGCAGAUGGCGGGCCCGCCCCCACCCCAGAGGAAGCUGGAUCCUGACGCCGUGCCCAGCCCAAUCCAGGUGAUUGAGAACGACCGGGCCACCAGAGGGGGGCAGGUGUAUGCCACCAGCACCAGAGGCCAGGUCCCGCCCCUGGUCACCACGGACUGCGUGGUGCAAGAUCAAGGCAACGCCAGUCCUCGCUACAUCCGCUGCACGACCUACUGCUUCCCGUGCACGGCAGACAUGGCCAAGCAGGCCCAGGUCCCCUUGGCCGCCGUCAUCACGCCCUUCGCCACAGUGCCUUCCAACGAGACGCCCCUCUACCUGGUGAACCACGGGGAGGCGGGGCCCGUGCGCUGCAACCGCUGCAAAGCCUACAUGUGCCCCUUCAUGCAGUUCAUCGAAGGCGGCCGGCGCUUCCAGUGCGGCUUCUGCAGCUGCGUGAACGAAGUCCCACCGUUCUACUUCCAGCAUCUGGACCACGUCGGCCGGCGGCUGGACCACGGCGAGAGGCCGGAGCUGUCGCUGGGGUCCUACGAGUUCGUGGCCACGUUGGAUUACUGCAGAAAGAACAAGCCUCCCAGCCCUCCCGCCUUCAUCUUCAUGAUCGACGUGUCCUACAGCAACAUCAAGAGCGGGCUGGUGCGGCUCAUCUGCGAAGAGCUGAAGACCGUGCUGGAGAGGCUGCCCAGGGAGGAGCCCGAGGCGCCCUCCGCCGUCCGCGUGGGCUUCGUCACCUACAACAAAGUGCUCCACUUCUUCAACGUCAAGAGCAACCUGGCGCAGCCGCAGAUGAUGGUGGUGACCGACGUGGGCGAGGUCUUCGUGCCCCUGCUGGACGGCUUUCUCGUCAACUACCACGAGUCCCAGUCUGUGAUUCACAAUUUGCUGGACCAGAUCCCGGAGAUGUUCGCCGACUCCAACGAGAACGAGACCGUCUUCGCGCCUGUCAUCCAGGCCGGCAUGGAGGCCCUGAAGGCCGCUGACUGCUCCGGGAAGCUGCUCAUCUUCCACUCCUCCCUGCCCACGGCCGAGGCCCCCGGGAAGCUGCGCAACAGGGACGACAAGAAGCUGAUCAACACGGACAAGGAGAAGAUCCUUUUCCAGCCCCAAACCAGUGUCUACGACUCGCUGGCCCGCGACUGCGUGGCCCACGGCUGCUGCGUGACGCUCUUCCUCUUCCCCAGCCAGUACGUGGACGUGGCCUCCUUGGGCCUCGUGCCUCAGCUCACGGGAGGGACCCUGUACAAGUACAACAACUUCCAGAUGCACUUGGACAGCCGGCAGUUUCUGAAUGACCUCAGGAACGACAUUGAGAAGAAGAUAGGCUUCGACGCUAUCAUGCGGGUCCGCACGAGCACAGGUUUCCGAGCCACUGACUUCUUCGGUGGGAUCGUCAUGAACAACACGACCGACGUGGAGAUGGCGGCCAUCGACUGCGACAAGGCGGUGACGGUGGAGUUCAAGCACGACGACAAGCUCAGCGAGGACAGCGGGGCCUUGAUCCAGUGCGCCGUGCUCUACACCACCAUCGGCGGGCAGCGGAGGCUGCGCAUCCACAACCUGGCCCUGAGCUGCAGCGCGCAGCUGGCCGACCUCUACAAGAGCUGCGAGACCGACGCCCUCAUCAACUUCUUCGCCAAGUCAGCUUUCAAGGCGGUUCUGCACCAGCCCCUGAAGCUCAUCCGGGAGAUCCUGGUCAACCAGACCUCGCACAUGCUGGCGUGUUACCGCAAGAACUGCGCCAGCCCGUCCGCCGCCAGCCAGCUCAUCCUGCCGGACUCCAUGAAGGUGCUGCCCGUGUACAUGAACGCCCUGCUGAAGAGCUGCGUGCUGCUCAGCCGGCCCGACAUCCCCACGGACGAGCGGGCCUUCCAGCGGCAGCUGGUCAUGACCAUGGGCGUGGCCGACUCGCAGCUCUUCUUCUACCCGCAGCUCCUGCCCAUACACACGGCGGUCACCCAGAGCCCGAGCCCCGCGGUGCCGGCCGCCGUCCGCUGCUCGGAGGCCCGCCUUUCCGAAGACGGCGUCUUCCUCCUGGCCGACGGGCUGCGCAUGUUCCUGUGGCUGGGAGCCAGCAGCCCCCCCGAGCUCAUCCAGGGCAUAUUCAACGUGCCCUCCCUGGCGCAUGUCAGCGCGGACAUGACGGUCCUGCCCGAGGUGGGAAGCCCGCAUUCCCAGACGCUCCGGGCGAUCGUGGGUGCUCUCCAGCGAAAGCGGCCCUACUCGAUGAAGCUGGUGAUCGUGAAGCAGCGAGAGCAGCCGGAGAUGGCAUUCCGGCAGCUGCUGGUGGAGGACAAGGGGCUGGACGGAGGCCCGUCCUACAUGGACUUCCUGUGCUGCCUGCACAAGGGCGUCUGCCAGCUGCUCAACUGAUGCCUCCUCGCGCCCGACUCCCGGCACAGGCAGCAGCUACGCGGGUCCCGGCUGGUUGGCAGACGGCUUGGCGGUGCCCAGUGGGAAGCCGUGGAGGCCGCCCGCCCGCCGCCCGCAGGGACCGUCUGCCUGGCCGCAGCGGGCGGCUGUGGACGCGGGCGGCCGCUCCACCACACAGUUUACAGAGCUGCAGGCACCCUGCUCCCUUCUCUGUGCCACACACAUAAAUUAUUUUUCAAAUGUACAGAUCGGGGUAAAAACUUGUCUUGGUUCCUCUCCCAUUUGCAGUGAGGGGAAAAACUUAAUUUUUACAUUAUAUUUUUUAAAAUCAUGUAACCCCCCUGAACACAUUUUUCAGCUUGAGGUUUGCACAGCAGACUUUUAAUGACCUUGGGAUCUAUUAGUGGAACCGUUUGUGUUCUACGUUUUUUCAAGAUUACGUGUUGCAGACGGCACCACUCUGCCCGCUGUGUGUUCUGUCUGCACAGACGCCAUCAGGCCUCGUGCGGCUCUCUGUGCGGCGCUGGAGGCCUGUCUCAGCCGGGGCUCAGCCAGCGCCAGGCCCUCAGCCUGCCCCGCCGGAGCUCACGCAGGGGCUAGGGGGCCCGGGCCAGGCAGGCGCACGUGUGCGGGGGUCACUCAUGCGCUGCCUUCGUCUGGAAGUGCCCAGGGACAGACGGGAUCGCUGGGAAUGUAUGUUCAUUUGUUUAAUGUCUGCUCAGAUGGAAACAUGUCUCUCCAUUAAUGAAGCAAUAAAGAGGAAAGAUACGCGUU